ACAAGCAACAUGACAUUUGAAGAACUGAACGGAGACUGUACUUCUGUCGAAAGGAUGGAUUCUGUGUCUAAAGCCCUUGAGGAAGUCCUGACUUCUGCUCUGCUUCGAGGCUGGGUUACAAUCGGAGUUUAUGAGACUGCCAAAGCGCUGAAUGUAGACCCCGAUAACGUCGUGCUGUGCAUCCUGGCCACGGACGACGAGGAUGUGAAGGACGUCGCCUUGCAGAUCCACUUCACACUAAUCCAGGCGUUCUGCUGCGAAAAUGACAUCAACAUCCUGCGGGUGAACAACACCAGGCGCCUCGCCAAGAUCCUGGGAGGACCCGCGAAGCAGGGAGGCGAGCAGAUGGACCUGCACUGCAUCCUGGUCACGGGCCCACGUGCUUCUACAUGGAACAACCAGGCGCUCUGGAAAGUGCAGCGCUUCUGCCACGAGAGCCGCUGCAUGGACCAGUGGGUCCCCAUCAUCAACCUCCCCGAACGAUGAGACCAAAAACACUCCAGAAAAAAAACUUAGAUUUAAAAAAAAAAAAUCCAACAAAACGUAAUAAAGCUCCCGAGCGCUGCCUCGUGAUCACAGCAGAUCUGUGAACUCGAUCUCAGCCUGCUCUCGAAGAGGAGGAGAAGGAGGGGGAGGGUUUUUCUCCGGCGAACCCUGUCAAGAUGACUCAGCGGGUUUUUAUUUUUGCUUUCAGAGAAAGGGAGGACGUUGAGCAGAAGGGAGGAAAAAAAAUCAUGAACUGUCUGUUCUGAGCGCCGAGGCUCACACGUGAGGGCUUUGUCUUUUAGGAGGCGCGACAAUGGAACUGUUGUUCCGUUUCUCAGAAAUUUCACAGUUUGUGUUCUUUACAGUUUAUUAUAAGGUAUUAUUGAGAAUUUAUUUAUACGUUAAUAUCUAUACAGAAAUAUAUAAAAUGCAUUGGGAAAUUUUCCACUUUUCUGCACAAUUUUUUUGGUUUUUGUGUUUAAGUUAAUUGUUCAUUUUCUGAUCUUUGAAUUAAAUUAUUUCAUAUUACUCACUGUAAAAGAUAUUUAUACACAUUCCUUUUUAUACUAGGCCUGUGAUUGGUUUCAGAUGUAUUUUGCAAUGCAAUA